AUUUGGAACGAAAGCAAAAUGGCUCGAGGACGCAAGAGCAAUAGCAUCAAACAGAGCGACUUCACUAACAGCACCAAUCCUCAGGAUUUAGAGAGAAGACUUUUUGUCGGCAAUUUGCCCACAGACCACAUGACUCGUGAAGAAAUGGAAGAGAUAUUUUCAAAAUAUGGCAAAAUCAGGGCCCUCAGCAUGUACCAUGGCUAUGGGUUCGUGCAGUAUGACCGUCUAGAAGAUGUCCAGGCCGCUCUGGACGGUGAGAAGGGUCGCCUUUAUAAAGGGUAUAGAUUAGGUAAGGAAAACUGAUCCGUGCUCUCCUACUGACCCUAGCAUGCGUUCUGGUAGAAAGAGUGCUUUUGUUUUAAAGCUCUCUGGAAAGAUCACUAUGUGAAACUUGCCUGGCGCGAGUCUAAAAUCCCUUUUACUAGGUAUGUAUUUGCCUUCUGAGUUACUUGCUGUAAGUGCUGUGUGGUUCAUCUGCAGUGUUUUCUCUUGCUACCUAGGUCUUACUCUGAACUUAUUUUUGUGUGUUAGUAUUUGA